GGUCAUCUCAGAACAGGAUAAACAUCCGAGAAACUGUGCGGAUGAACAUUGGGAUGCUUGUGGUUCCUCUGCAACUGAUGACUACGAGUCUGCAAAUUGUAUAUCUGACUGCAAUGAAAGCUGGGCAUUCCACAUCCCUCUUGCGGCAGUUCUUGAAAACGCCAAACUGUUACCAGAAACCACCUUCCAAUUGUCAACGUCCGUUCAACCACAAGUAAGACUAGCGAUGUAAUCGGUGUUGUGAAGGGCUGAGGAACAACCCCAGAGUUUAGAAGGUAAGGGGCUAACAUAAACACCCCAACUCAUUACACAGCGGAGUCCGCAGGUUUCUUUCCGCUGCCUGCGGUCUACUCCAGGCAAACCCCCGCGUCACUCACAUCCUUUCACGCUGCCUAAGCUUGAUCCCAAUAUAGUUCGUGAGCACCUUCUCUCAGUCUUUCGCGUCGCAGAUCAACGAUAACGCUCAGUAGUUUACCCGUGAAGGCAUGUCUGUCUCUGCCUACGCUUCGUCACCCUUCGACCAUGGUAGAGCGGAUGUGGUCUUGCGCUCGUCGGACAAUGUCGAUUUUCGCGUAUUCAGGCUCUUCCUGUCGUUGUCAUCUCCGUUCUUCGAGACUCUCUUCGACCUUCCCCAACCAUCCGAAGAGAAGCAUGGGGACGCAGAGACAAAGGAUGGAUUGCCUGUCAUUCCUGUCUCAGAGGACAGCAAGACUUUAGAAGCUGUCCUCCGCUUCUGUUACCCCCGCACACUGAUAGAAAAGACAAUUAGCAUCAAACACUUCAAGGACGGUGUCAAAAUGCUAGAGGCGGCGAAAAAGUAUUCUCUUGACGGAGCCGAAAGCGCUAUCCGAAAAACCCUGUUCAGCACCAAUAAUUUGGAGGCUGACCCCUUGCGUUGUUUCGUCGUAGCGCGCCAAGCUCGGAUGCGGGAUGAGACUAUCCUGUCUGCCAAGUAUUGCUUGCAAACAGGUCUCAUUCCAGGUUGGUUUGAAGAGAUCGAGAUGAUUACUGCCACCGAUCUCCUCGACUUGUUGGCCUACCAUGAGAAGUGUGGAAAGGCUGCGCAGCAACUGCAAUCCAACUAUUCAUGGAUCGAGCGACACUACAAGAACCGGUCUGCGAUUCCAUGGAUUUUUGGCAAGGCUUCAGGUCGCCCCUGCCCUUGUCCCAGGUCGGACAAGAUAAAGUUAUUUGGUCGGAAGCAUCUAGUGUGGUGGGAGGAGUUUAUGGAAGCCACUUUCCAGACUCUGAAAGAGAAACCAUGCACCCGCACAGUACGCGAGUCAGUCGAAAAGACCAUCACCGACGUUAGAAGUCGUGAUUGCCGCUCUUGUGCUCCCAACAUAGCCACUGUCAUGCAUCAAUUUGCUGACUUGUUCGCGAAGAAGGUGGAAGAAGUGGUUGCUGAGGUCAAGUUUGUUAGCACUAGCUCCCCGACGUAAACUCCUGAAAUAUCGGCAUUUGAGGCCCCAUUGACUAUUUCGAUUCCCUGCUACCCAAGGACCUGCUUUUCUAGUACAUUGUCUGUACCCCUCUUGCGAAUUUACCCGGUACGAAGAACAGUAUAUAAUUCACGUUAUGUAUGUAUGGGCAUCCCUUUGCAUUGCGGGGAUUCCAAGUUGACAUGGACAUUAUAAUAUUCCCCACUUUCAAUUUUCCACCCUGCCACCGUCAGUUUGUUGGUAGCAUCCUUUUCAUUGAAGAGAAUCAUCUCGACGAGUGUGAUCGGUCGGGGAAACCGUUGGCUCGGUUUUUUGAGGCAGCGUGCUCGCGGCUGAGGUUCGUGGUCAUGAAGCGU